GAAGUAUUUGGUAUACACCUGCUGUGGAAGAGACAAAUCUUCGGAAGCUCAGAUGUCCCAGCAGCUCCUGAAUCCAGUAAAAGUAGCAGCCUGGAGGUGUGUGUGAUGGUGCUCUGUUGGCUGUAACAUCUGUGCGGCGUCAGGAUGGAGAUCCUGGUGGCCAAGCUGCUCGGCCUGCUGGGACUGUUUGGCCUCAUGCUGGCCGGCGUGCUGGUCCCAGUUCGGCUCCUGCUGGUCGACUACGACAAGGCGCACAGGUACAGGAGGGCGCUGUCGCUGUGCAACUCGUUUGGAGGAGGCGUGUUCCUCGCAACAUGCUUCAACGCUCUGCUGCCCGCCGUCAGAGACAAGGUGGGCGACGUGUUCAAACAGCUGCAGAUCAACAGUGAUUAUCCGCUGGCUGAGACGAUGAUGAUGCUCGGCUUCUUCCUCACAGUUUUCGUGGAGCAGGCCAUCCUCACCUUCAGGAAGGAGAAGCCGUCCUUCAUCGACCUGGAGACCUUCAACGCCGGUGGCUCCGAGGCCGGCAGUGAUUCUGAAUACGACACUCCCUUCAUCUCCUCAACACGGGGUUCGCCGGGCAGCGGCAGUGGUCGCCGCUCCCACGGACACCAGCAUGGGCACUUUAGCCCGGCCGAGCUGGCGGGGGCGGGGCCCCUGCGGCUGGCCAGCCUGGUCCUGGCUCUGUCUGCGCACUCGGUGUUUGAGGGCCUGGCUCUCGGCCUGCAGGAGGACGGUGCCAAGCUAGGAAGCCUCUUCCUGGGGGUGGCCGUGCACGAGACACUGGCCGCCAUCGCCCUUGGGGUGAGUGUGGCAAAGGCGUCGCUGGGCAUGAAGGACGCCGCCAAGCUGGGCGUCACGGUCAGCCUGAUGAUCCCGCUGGGCAUAGUGGUGGGAAUGGGCAUCGAGUCGACCCAGACGCUGGCGGGCAGCAUAGUGUCGGUGGUGCUGCAGGGUCUCGCUGCUGGAACCUUCCUGUUCGUCACCUUCUUUGAGAUUCUCUCCCAAGAGCUGGAGCAAAAACAGGACCGGCUGCUCAAAGUGCUCUUCCUCAUCCUUGGCUACGCGGUGCUCGCUGCACUCGUCUUCAUCAAGUGGUGACAGACAGGAAGUGGACAGCAAUACCAAAGUACGAGUUCUUGCUCAUAUUUAAAGGGUUAACUAUGAUUUUUUUAAAGUGGGACUGUGUGAUGUUCUUAUCAAUAAUCAGUGUAUAAUCAACAGUGGAUGGCUGUCGGUACAGUGGGAACUCCUGUGGACAAGAUCAGCUGCAAAAUGUAUUUUAGACGCCUAAAAAAAUCAAUGUCAGUUUGUAUACACUGUAUUUAUAAUGUUAUCACUUUUUUUUAACCUUAAUAUGUAAACUAACAUGUUAAAACACCAAAGUCACAUGAAAACACAGACAAUGUGAUUUACACCUGCCUUGUAAAUCAGGCCAUCAGAGCAACAGUAAGUCCCUGUUGUGAGGUAAAAUCACUAUUUUUGUCAGUGGAGUCUGGUGGUUUGAGGAGAAUGAUAUCACUGCUUCAUUUUCCCGUUGUUUAGUAGCAAUACCUCGGUGAAGAUAUUCUAAAUACAGUGUACCCUUUGUUUUGUUUUUUUUAGGACGUUAAAAUACAUUCAGCUGCGGUUCACUGAUAGUUUCCAUGCAGGUCGCCCUCUCUGCUUUAAACAACCCAAACACUCCGUUUGAUGAAGGAUCCCUGAGUGGAGCUGAGCGAGGCAGGAACAUGUGAAACAGCUGGAUGAACCGGCAGUUUCAGGUUCAGCAUCCCAAACUCUUUAUUGCUGAAGUAAACCUCCCCAAAGCCUCCAGAGGAUAGACGUGUGUAUUAAUGUGUUAUUACAGCUGUAAGUCUUCCUGUCGACUGCCAGCAAAUAGUGAACGACAGCACAGCUGAACUCAUGUAAAUCUCACUGGAUAUUUCCUCCUAACUACUUUAUAGUUUGUUAUAAGCCAUUUAUGAGAUGUUUGUAUGCUGCUUAGAAAUGUAGAUCAGGAGUUUCUUAACAUAUUUUUAUAACCUUUGAUCUCCAUUAACUGCAGUGAGCUCAGGUCCAGGCUGUUGGACCCUCAGUAGAGAUUCUGCAGGAUGAAGCUCAGAUAGAAAACAGUGUCACGACUGCUGCUUCUCGCCACAAACACUGAAGGGAUUUGUUUGGUUAAAACUGCCGAUGCUGAGCUUCUCCACAUUUUUUGCCUGUGUGUACUGGAGUGUGGGCUGCCAUUCGCUCUGCAUCACAAGAUAUUUACAUGAAGCCAAACUGGCCAAAGAUAAAUCCCCCUUUUUUUCUCCCCUAAUGUAGGAUUAUAGGUUUGUGGCAGAAUGAUAAUAAUAAUAAGAAGAAGAAGAAGAAGAAGAAUGUCAAAUGAAAAUAAGAAGGUGGGAGGCAACAAAUGUCAUAUCAAAAGUAAAACUUUAACUUGCAAAGAAAUUAUUUGUUUUUUUUGUUUAUGUGUACAGAAAACUGACUGAAGGUAAAAAUAUGGUCAGUGAAAAAGAUAUGUUGUCAAAAAGGCAAAUAAUUUUUUGCAAGGCAUAGGUUUUGCUUUUAAGAUGAUUUUUUUUCUUUACUCCAGUGAGUAUUUUAUGUUUUUGAUCUUUUAUUUGAUUAUGUUGCUAAAGACCUGAUACAAUAUCAGUCAAUUUGUUUCUCUCCACAGAAAUUUAAAUAUUUAAAAUUUCUCUUUAAAACUACCUGAAAGCCAGAGCUGCAUAAACAGAUCAACAGAAGCAGCACUAGAGAGGAGCAGCAAACAGCAGCUUCUUUGUUUGUUAAGCAAAUUAAAAGUAAAUGGUCUGAUCAUAAGACGGCAAACAUCAGCUCUUCUGUUGAGUCUCCAGGCUGCUGUCAGCACAAAUAUACUUACUUUGACAAAUUAAUUUGCACUCUGCACCUCCACUCAUGAAAACAGUUUGAAGUGAUUCAUGUAAAAAUCAAUAUGUGCAUUGAUUCUCUGCAAGAGAGAUGAAGAGUGCAAAGUCACUGUGACUCAGAGACACGACACAAACUAGACGUGCAACGAUUCAUUAGUUUUUAACUACUGCUGAUAAUUGGUUAAUAGGUUUGAGUAAGUAAGAAAAUGAUGCCAACUUCUCUAAUGUGAAUGUUUCCUGGUUUCUUGACUCCUCUGUGACAGUAGAUGAAACAAAACGUUUGUCAGUUUGGCUUUUGGAAACACGACUCAGCAUGUUUGUUUUCUGACAAACCAACCAACCAAUCGAUUACUCUAGAAAAUAAUCAGCUGAUUAAUUGACCCUGAAAAUAAUUCAUAAAAAUAGUUGCAGCCCUACUCGCCACAUUAAUGUGAAAUACAGCAGGCUGAAAUAAACCAGAAUGAUCCUUUCAAUCUGUUUCUACAACAGAGAAGUACAGUUUUAACACACAGAGCUUUCAGCUGUGUUCACUGAAAGAAGGUACGAAAAACAAGACGCUGGAUUUUAUGUUUGCAAUAAAUUAAUGAAUUCACUUCUUUGCCUUUAGUUUAACGCUUUAGGAAAGCGGGGGACAGAUUCUGCUUUUGAUUUGUUCAACUUGAGUCUUUUUUUCCUCUUUCAUCACACACCGAACAACUAACAUGCAGCAUGACGAUCAGUCUUUAAUUUAAAUAUUUAUCCACUAGUUGUUGUGUUGAAAAAUUAACUAAUGAAAUACUAGAAAGUGUUUGAUUAGCAGAUUCAGAUCUGAUAAAAAUGCUCGAACCCUCGAAAAGCUGUCAACCAAAAGUGAAGUUCAUAUCUGUAAAUGCUGUUCAUGAUGCUAACUUCUGUUUCCUCGCAUCCUCGUUCUCCCUCCAGCUACCUAGCAGCUCCUCAGCGAGACGAGGAGAGAGAACCCAGGCGUGACUCGCUCUGAAGUGACUUUUGCCGAGUUAUGUGUGAAACGCUGUCUAUCCUGCUGUUCAGUAGCUCUUUAGUCAGUCUUCAGCUGUUUUUAUAAACCUGUAAACCUCCACACGAACACUGAAACUGAAGCUCCCUGUGCUUCUGCUGUUAUUUAUUCUGAUUUGUUUAUUCUCGUCAUGAUCCUGAUCAGUUUUGUAUUUAUGAUGGUUUGUGUCACCUCACCUUGGUGUCAUAUUCCAGGUCUUCAGGCGUGAUUUUCCUCCUGUUAGUUGGAAUUAAACAAGUUAUUAUCAGA